AUUAAUUAUUAUUUAUAUAAAUGCUAAUACUAUUCUUAGCAUAGUUGUUAUAGGCUCAGCACAUAAUUUUUUAAGAUGAUUUUACAGGUGGUUCAAUUAGUUCAACUUUAUGGAAGUAAUCUGAUGUUGCCACUAUAGUUCCUUGUCCAGGAACAACAAAUGAUUAUUGUGCGAAUAUAGUAAAAAAAACUGUUGCAGGUGGAAUCAUAUCUGUACCAUUUUAAAUUGAAAUGGAAUAAGAUGUAACAGUAGAAUUUAAAUAUUUAACAAAAUCUACCACUAAUAGAGGAGUUCAAUCUGGACUAUUUGUGGGAUAUACUGAUGAGUAAUAAAACGGAUAUUGUUGGUUUGCUUCAGGGUAUUCAUAUGCAAGUACUUUUUAUAAACAAAAUGCUAACUAUACGCAUCCUGCUUAUUUAUGUCCAAAUGAUGAAUCUGUUUUAAUAUAAGAUCUUCUUAAUGACUGGAAAACUGUAAUUUUUAUUUUAUUUAUUUUUAGAUUAAAUAUACAAUUCCAUCAGCUACUUUAAAAGCUAAGAACUAAUCUUAAUUAUCCUUAGUAUUUUAGGAUUUCCUCAAUGAAAACAUAGAAGGAGCAUAUUAUAUAACCAAAAUACUAGUAUAUUAUAAUAAGAAUUGCACAGCUAGAUGUAGUCAAUGCACAACUUUUUAUGAUUGUACUAAUUGUACAGAACCAUAUAGAUGGUUAGAAGGUGUUUGUUAUAAUGUUGAUUGUGGAAAUAGUUUAGAAUAAUCAAUCCCAUAUGGUACAGAUUCUUUAGUAGAGAGUAUAACUGCUACUACAUAUUCGGCUACUAUUAAAAUACCGAAUUAUGAUUUUAAAGGAUGUUGGCCAGCUUAGUGGGUAACAAUAGGUUAGGAUGAUGGUAAAUUUACAGAAUUACAGUUCUGGCAUGAUACACCAUCUACUGCUAAACUGGUUAUAGAUUAAUAGAAUAUGACAGGUGCUAAUUGUCAUUAAAGAGAUAAUCCAUAAAUUUAUGAUUGCUCAUUCCAUUUUAAUGUACAUUUUAAUGAAUAAAUUAUGUAUGAAAGAAAUUGGACAGCUACUAUUGAUUAUUCUAAGUCCUCUAUAUUAAGUUUGUAAGUCCCUCCUAAGACUUUGAAUCCACCAUCAUUAGCCAUCCCUAUUGAGUUGGCACUUGAUUAUUGCGACAAUAUAAAUGAUUGUUAAUGGACUUAAGAUAAGAUAACUUUAAUUCUGAAUUAAAGAUUCAAAGUUAGGUUGAAUAUUACGGAUUCAAAUCUUAAGAAUUGGAAAUUGGAAAAAGGAGCUGUUAAAUUAUAGGGAUAAGGAACUUUAGUUAAUUUACCUAUUGAAGAACCUGUUAUUAUUGGUGAAGGUUAUAUUAUUUACACAGUCAGACUGGCAAUUAAAGGAGAAAAGGGUAAUGGAUUUGCUGUUACUGCUAAAAUAACAAAUCCAAAUGCAGCCAGUAACAGAAGGGUUCUUAUUGAAGGUGCUACUAAUGCUAAUACUAAAUUAGCAAUAGGUAAUUUAAAUGGUACAAAGAUUACAUUCAAAACAAGAAAACUUUUAGAAGAAGAUAAUCCCGAAUUUUCUUCAUUAAUAUGGGUACCAUUAUUACUUUUUGCAAUGUUCGGAUUUUGAUAUUGCAUACAGGCAUUAAAACAAAU